AUGGCGCUACCUCAAGUAAAUCUCGAUAUAGAAGUUGCGGGUACAAGUAGAGUCACAGAGUUGCACGAACUUGAUGAGUUUUGCUACCACGCUUUUGAGAGCAUAAUACUAUAUAAGGAGAGAAUGAAGAUGAUGCAUGAUAAAAAUAUUCUUGAGUGGAGUUUUAAACCCGUAGAUAUGGUAAUGCUAUACAAUUCGAGAUUGAGGUUAUUUCCAGGUAAAUUAAAGUCAAUAUGGUCAGGACCAUUUUGUGUGGUAGAGAUUUACCCCACUGGUGCCGUAGAGAUUGCUGUGGAAAAUGAUUCUCACACGUUUAGAGUCAAUGGGCACAGGUUAAAACAUUAUUUGGGUAUGGAUGAUGCGAAAGUAGUGUCGGUGACUCAUUUGCUCGAGCCACCAAGGUUGAGCAAGCCUUAA